AUGAGCACUGCCGCGGCCGAGAUUGCCGAGCGAGGCGCCGCCGCCGGCCUCAAGUUCUACCAGUUCUCCUUCGUCGACCUCUUUGGUGUGCAGCGAAGCAAGCUCGUGCCAGCCUCUCGCGUCGCGGAGAUUGCAGAGGGUGGCGCGGGCUUCGCAGGCUUCGCAGCGCACCUCGACAUGGACCCGACGAUGGGCGAUCUGCUCGCCGUUCCGGACGCAGCGACGCUCACGCCGCUGCCGUGGCAGCCCGAGGUCGGCUGGCUCAGCUGCAACCUUGUGCACGAGGACACGGAGCUCGCCCACGGCCCUCGCAACGUGCUGCGCAGCGUGCAGGCCAAGCCAGCAGUACACGGCGUGGCGCUCAAGACGGGCGUAGAGUGCGAGUUCUUCCUCCUCGACGGCAGCGCGCCCGCCGCCCGCCCGGCGCUCUCCGACCCGCUCGACGCGAAGCCGUGCUAUGACGCGCACGCGCUCAUGCGCCGGUACGAGCUCAUCUCGACGCUGGUGAGCCACAUGGAGCAACUCGGCUGGGGCCCGUACCAGGCGGACCACGAGGACGCCAACGGCCCCGACCGCGACCGAUGCGGAGGGUCCUCCGUGCGCGCGCGUGGCACUGAGCAGUGCCGACCCUUCCGAACAGGCCAGUUCGAGAUCAACUGGGACUUUGACGACGCCCUGGCGAGAGUGACCGCCGACCGCGUGGUGCUCUUCAAGUACAUGGUGCGCUCGCUGGCCGAGCGGGCCGGCCUCCGCGCGACGUUUAUGCCAAAGCCCUUCGCGUCGCUGACCGGCUCCGGCUGCCACGCACACAUGCACGGGCUCUCUCCGCUGGCGCUCUCCUUCACCGCCGGCCUGCUCGCCCACGCGCCGGCGCUCACGGCGCUCACCAACCCGACCGUCAACUCGUACAAGCGGCUGGGCGCGCGCAUGACUUCUUCGGGGGCGACGUGGUGCACUGACAGCCCUGCGGCUCGACACGGACAGGAGCGCGAAGCCGAACCCACCGACUCACCAGCCGACAGUGGGCUACCUCCCAAUAGGCUGGCCGACAUGAGCGCCAACCCGUACCUGAUGGCGGCCGCCAUCGGCGCGGCCGGCCUCGACGGCCUGCGAGCGCGGAGUGUGCCGCCGCCGCCGACGGACCGCAAGCCUAGACUACCCGAGAUUACCCGAGAUUACCCGAGAGCCUCCCCGCCGCUGCCGAGCAACCUGGCCGGCGCGCUCGAGGCGCUCGAUGCCUCGAGCCCGCUCCGGUCGGGCCUGGGCGACGCUUUCGUGGACAGCUACCUCAAGUUGCGCCGGGCGCACUGGGCCGAGUACAUGGCGCAGCUCACGCCGUGGGAGCUGGAGACGUAUCUCGACGCCUAG